AGCAACAUAAGAAAUGAGCUUUUUAGCAGGGAGAUUGGCGGGCACAGAAGGCGCCUAUUUUCUUCAAGAAUCAAAGCUUGCGGUCGGCCGUCUUAUCCAGAAAAACGCCACAAAACCUCCUCCUUCUCCUUCUCAAUCGCAAUCGCAGUCUAACAAUCCAAUCGAUGGAGGAAUCCAAGCCGACGUACUUCCAGAAAUCUUACGCCACUCACUCCCUUCAAAAAUCUUUCAACCUCCAUCGGAAUCUUCACUUUCCAAAGCAUCUAAAUGGGCUCUUCACUCCGAUCCCAACGCUGUUUCUUCGAUUUCCCCUGACGUUCUAGAUCCUCUUCGUGCUUACGUUUCUCUACCUCAGGUCACCUUUGGUCCCAAAAGAUGGGUGAUCCCUAAUUCGGAAUUUGGUUUUGUAGCGUCGACGGCCAAUGAUUUAAGGAUUACACCUGUUAAUCCAGAGAAAUUGAAGGCUGCUACUUUAGGGUUUUCUCAGAUGGCCAAGGGUUUUGCUGCGGCCACUGUUAUUGUGUUUGGAGGUGGAACAGUAACAUUUGGAUUGGUAACUUCCCACCUUGACAUCCAUAAUACCGACGACAUAAAGACAAAAAGCAAAAGCCUUUUGCAGCCCAAACUCGAAUCAAUGAAGGAACAGCUAGUCCCCAUCAAGAUAUGGACUGAACAAAUGUCGAAGAAAUGGCAAUUGGAACGAGUAGAAAGUGUUAAAGAAAAAAAAAUCAUAAAAGAACUUUCCAAGGUUUUGGGGGCGAAGAAUUGAAUCCAUUCCAAUAUUGAUGAGUGAUCAUACACUUGUUAUUGCAUAGAUAAAUGUUGUUAUAAUUGUGAUUGUUAUGUAUGUAAAUUGUAAUGUAUGAUAUGUUAUGCUUUCAAAUUUAGUAUUUAUAAAGUUCCUAUGGUUAAAUGCUUACAUUUACAUGUUAGUAUGUAUAUAUGUACAAGAGCUGAUAUUAUAUUGUGUUUCUAAAA